UUUGAUGAAUGCUCUCAUGUGCACAUAUAUGACGUUGCAUGUGUUGCAUGCUAAUCAUAAAUGAAACAAAGGUGGCUUCCUUCCAUAACACGUGAACAAAGGACUUGAAGAUUACAUGGCUGAUUGCAUAUAUUAUGGAGAUAUUUGGAUGGUGAUAUGGCAAGACAUAUGGCGUGAAGGAGAAGAAUUAAAUCGACAACACAUCAAUCAUUUAUGGGAGACAUAGAAGACUUUCCGUAUGCAUGCACGCGACAAUAUCUUGCCUUAUCUUUAGAUCCUUAGCCGUUUAUUUUGAUUCUAAAGUUAUUUUAUUUCUUUUCUUAUACAUAUUGUGUUGCUAAUAAUCAUCAAUCCAUUGUAUAUAAAUUCUGGGUAUUUGUACAGAUUAAUACAAGACGAAUAAGGGAGUCAGUCCCCUUUGCAUCAUUCUCCACUCUUUUCUCUUAUUCUUCUUUUUUUUUAUAUAGAACAAAUACUCAUUCGAAUCAUAAAAUCUUCAUGGUAUCAUAGCACUAAGAUCUAGAGUGCCAAAUUUUUUUUCUUCCGCUGCAAACACCACAAAAGUUUUAAUCGAAAUGCAUAUUCCCUCUCGGUAAAAUUCUAAACCGAAGAGGAGCCAGCUUCUUUCAGUUUUCUUCUUUAUUUGUGGUGCUAUUUUUGGUAAAGAGGACAACAUCAUUUUUACCGAAGAGGAGCCUGCUCAUUUCAUUUUUCAGAAUUUUAUUCUCCCUUUUGGUCAUUCAUUCAAACCAAAAGAAGAGGUUUCUUCAAGUGAAUCGUUGGCCAUUCAUUCAAGUCACGGUUCACCAUAUUUUCUUGUCUCUCUUGGUCUUUUCAUUUCAAAUCGAGAAGAAUUUUUUUUUUUGGUCAUAUCUCAUUCUCACUAUAAUAUGUGUGAGUAUUGUGAUAGUGAUUGUGAGUAUGAAGAGGUUUAUGAAGAACCAGAAUACAGAGAGCAUUGGGAUGUUGAAGAUGUCUUAGCCAAAAUACCCAACUCGCUAAGAGAGACGUUGAAAGUAAAGAAAAAUUAUCUCAAGAUGUUGAAGAGCCUUCCUUACACGAAGAAGGUCUAGAGAACAUCGAGUACAUGGUUGUUCCAAUGGUUGAAGAGAUACACACCAUGACCAUAGAUCAUGACAAGAAGAAUGGGUCGGAUGAUGAAUCCUUGGAUGAAGAAAUGAGUCCAAUGGAUGUGAUGAUGAAUGACUUAACCACGGAGGACAAGAGUCCAGAAAAAGAGGCAUCACACACAUCCACAAUUAUCCUUCAUCCGAGCAUACAAAGACAUCCGAGCAUCUCUUUCAUCAAAUGGCAAAAUAAUCGAGUUUGUAAUCUUUUCUUUUUCCCUAUCCCUUUAAAAAUUUGUUUUUCAAAUGAUAUGCUUGGUUUUGUUAGUGUUUUUGGACAGAAACAACACAAAAUAAUCCUAAAGAUUUGUGGUGUCGAGAAGUUCACGAGUGAGGGGGAAUGGCAUGAUACACUCGUAUCAUUCUCUACCGAAGAAGAUAUAUCCGAUCACAACUUGAUGGCAUUACCUACGAGUUUUAACAACUCUUGGUUUGGUAAAAAUAUUCUCAACCCUUAUAUUCUUUAUCUUAGAAAACAUAUUCAUGAGUUGCAUAUCGAAAAACAAAACAUAAUUGUCCUAAACACUCUUGAUCAUGUAAAAGAUAUAAACAAUUUGUUUCUAGAGUUUAAUAAACAUUUGAGUGAUAUUUUUAGUAUAAAUAUAAAACCAUACAUUAAUUUCACUCGCCAAAUGGCAUUCCAUGUUUCAAAAUCAUUAAAUUUAGCAUUUAUCCACAUUAGAAUAUUAUUCUUACUCUUGUUCGAUGAAAGUCACAUUGUUGCACGUUUAUACUCGGUUCUUCGUAUCAAACGGAGUGCAACAGCCUCCCUUGCGAUUUCUAAUAAUUUUAUUGAGUUUAUACAGAAGAUGAAACAGAAAAGGACAUAUGCUAUGGUGGAUAAGCUAAAGGAACCGGCAUGGGAAACAAUCACUCACUUGAUGGGAACCGGCUCGAACAUGAAGACAUCCUCGACAAGAUCGGCUUUUCGACAUUCCUCCAAGCCAAUCUUGAGGGGGAAUGUUGAAUAUAACGAUCAUACAAGAAGAAAUUUGAUGAAUGCUCUCAUGUGCACAUAUAUGACGUUGCAUGUGUUGCAUGCUAAUCAUAAAUGAAACAAAGGUGGCUUCCUUCCAUAACACGUGAACAAAGGACUUGAAGAUUACAUGGCUGAUUGCAUAUAUUAUGGAGAUAUUUGGAUGGUGAUAUGGCAAGACAUAUGGCGUGAAGGAGAAGAAUUAAAUCGACAACACAUCAAUCAUUUAUGGGAGACAUAGAAGACUUUCCGUAUGCAUGCACGCGACAAUAUCUUGCCUUAUCUUUAGAUCCUUAGCCGUUUAUUUUGAUUCUAAAGUUAUUUUAUUUCUUUUCUUAUACAUAUUGUGUUGCUAAUAAUCAUCAAUCCAUUGUAUAUAAAUUCUGGGUAUUUGUACAGAUUAAUA